CUCUCUCCUCUCCAGAAAUCCCAAAAAAAAAAAAAAGGCCAAAUCGAAAGAUCCUAAACGUCCAAUGUCCGCCGCAAGGUCCGUCUUCCGCUCCGCCGCAAGCCGAGCAUCGGCCGCCGCGUCUAGAUUCUCCACCGGACCCAAGCCUAUGCCUUCAUCUGCACGGUCCGCGUUUCGGAUGCCAAAACAGAGCCCUCUUUCAAAUCGCAUUUUCAGAUCUCCGGUAGAACUAAGCUGUUGCGUGGAGACGAUGCUCCCGUACCAUACUGCCACUGCUUCCGCUUUGCUCAAUUCGAUGCUCUCUGUUUCACGCCGUGGUUGGAUCCUUGAUGGGCUAGACGAGACUAGAUGAAGAUCCAUCAACAAGAGUGAUAUUGCAAUGAUGAUGUAUGAUGAAUUACUGGGGAGAGGUCAGCGAUGCAUGCAGUCUAAGACAAGGUGGUGGUGAAAUGAAGCUUUUUUUUUGGGUUUUUUGAAUUUGAUCUUUGGGCAGUUUGUAGAAAGAAACCAUUAGAAGCGAUAAUAACAGGGUUGCGUCUCUUAGGCAUUUUUGUUUUUGUUUUACCGCAAUAAAUUGAGUCGAAAAUUUCUAAUGGAGUGCAUGUAUCGUUUGUUUUCUGGUGUUGUAGAUGGAUGAUUCUUGUCCUCACCAUUGCAGUAAGCAGGAAGAUUAUCUUAAGAGUUCCAAGACCCCUUUUGUUGAUUCUUAAACCCUAUCUGCAAAUGUUUUUACUAUUUUACUUUAUAAAUAUCCAAGUUGAAUCAGUUUUACAUGGGUUCGUUACAAAAUGGGAUAAAGCAAGCAGCUAGAUUUUGACUUAA